CGCUGGGUCAGGGCUGCAGAGGCGCCUGGCGCACCCGCGGGAGCGGAGCCGCGGCGCGCUCGCCCCGGACGCCGGCCGCCCCUCCGCUCGCCCUGCUGAGCGAGCGGCCCGGGGCGCCGAGGGGUCCGCGCCGCGCGGGGCGCACCGCCCUGGCCGCCAUGUGCUCCCAGCUCUGGUUCCUGACGGACCGGCGCAUCCGCGAGGACUACCCGCAGGUGCAGAUCCUGCGCGCCCUCCGGCAGCGCUGCUCCGAGCAGGACGUGCGCUUCCGGGCGGUGCUCAUGGACCAGAUCGCCGUCACCAUCGUCGGCGGCCACCUCGGCCUCCAGCUAAACCAGAAGGCUCUCACCACCUUCCCAGAUGUGGUGCUUGUACGGGUACCCACACCCUCAGUGCAGUCAGACAGUGACAUCACUGUCCUGCGACACCUGGAGAAGCUGGGCUGCCGGUUGGUCAAUCGCCCACAGAGCAUCUUAAAUUGCAUCAACAAAUUCUGGACGUUCCAAGAACUGGCUGGACAUGGGGUCCCCAUGCCAGACACCUUCUCCUAUGGUGGGCAUGAAGACUUUUCAAAAAUGAUUGAUGAAGCUGAGCCCCUGGGCUACCCAGUCGUGGUGAAGAGCACACGAGGCCACCGGGGAAAAGCUGUUUUUCUGGCAAGAGAUAAACAUCACCUCUCUGACAUCUGCCAUCUGAUCCGCCACGAUGUGCCCUACCUGUUCCAGAAGUACGUGAAGGAGUCCCAUGGAAAGGACAUCCGGGUGGUGGUGGUAGGGGGCCAGGUCAUAGGCUCUAUGCUUCGCUGCUCCACUGAUGGACGGAUGCAGAGCAACUGCUCUCUCGGUGGCGUGGGCGUCAUGUGUCCGCUGACAGAACAAGGCAAGCAGUUGGCUAUUCAGGUGUCCAACAUCCUAGGCAUGGACUUCUGUGGCAUUGAUCUCCUUAUCAUGGACGAUGGCUCCUUUGUGGUGUGUGAGGCAAACGCUAAUGUCGGCUUCCUAGCCUUCGACCAGGCAUGCAACUUAGAUGUGGGUGGGAUCAUUGCAGACUAUACCAUGUCCUUGCUGCCAAAUAGGCAGACUGGAAAGAUGGCUGUCCUCCCAGGACUGUCGAGUCCGAGGGAGAAGAACGAGCCGGAUGGCUGUGCUUCAGCUCAGGGAGUUGCAGAGAGCGUCUAUGCCAUCAACAGUGGGUCUACCUCUAGCGAAAGUGAGCCUGAACUGGUAGAGAUCCGGGAUUCCUCAGCAAGCACAAUGGGGGCCCCACCCUCCAUGCUGCCCGAACCUGGCUACAACAUUAACAACAGGAUUGCUUCUGAAUUAAAACUUAAGUGAAUUCCUGCUUUUUGGCAGCAUUUAAACCAAAUCCUACUGCUUCCCUAGUAGUUUUGAGUGAAUAAAAUCUGGACUAAUGUGAUUUCAUUUGCACAGAAACUAGAAAUCCCAUCUGGGCACUCAGCAUUUUUUCUAACGAUGAUUUAAGCAAAUGGCCUAGCUUUGUGGUUUUUACAAAGACAAAUAUAAAAACACUCACCAAGAACAACGUCCCGACUGAUCAAUAUGAGACUGAUGUCUGCUGUGAGCACGUGGCUAUUACGGCUGACUCUAAGGCACUGACUCUGCUGUUGCUUCUGACUUUUAGCAGUAGAACCCAUUAGCUCGAAAUGGCUCUUGGAAUUAUGUACUCAAAAGCAACCACGGGAUGGAAGCAUGUGCAGACGAGGUGGAAUGUGACUGCAGUAAUAGGUUCUUCACUAAGUGUGUGUGUGAUGCUUGGAAAAUACACAGUUCAAACACUAUUAGAGGAUCGAUCUCUGCUCCCCAUCAAUCACCAUCUUGACCAUAUUUCUCCGACACUCAGGAUAUGGUGUUUUAGGGAGCUUCCUCAUUAGCAUUUUCAAUGAAGCACUUUGUAGAAAGUGAGAUUGAACGUUCUUUGACUUCACAGGUUGGCAAAUGUCCUGCUUUGUAACUGGGCCUUUCUACAAAUUGCUUUGCCACUCUGAAUUUAUAGACCCUGCUUCAACUAGUGUCAGCUCUAGCAGCUUCUUGCACCUUUGCUGCCUUUGGCCUCAGCUGGAAAUGCACUUCAAUGAGCUAGCGGCCACUCAGUUUAUUUCUUAAGCGUGCACUAGAAUCUAACACCAUGGACUUUCUUUUUCAAUGGACUCUGUUCACUUGUCAUCCAGAAGCCAGUGGGUUUUUACCAUAGAAAGCUACUUGGAGAUCAUCAUUCUUCCCCUCCUCUACUGAAACUUUGUGUACUGCUUAGCUGUAGGAGGUUUCCUUGUAUGAGUGGGUGUUGUAGGUCUGUUGAGUAGAUGGGAGCCAUUGGAAACACUCCAAUCCCCUUGAAACUCUACUUUGAUCUAGGAUCCAGACACCUGUCCUUACCCACUUUUCCAAACGGGGAAGACUCAGGUAUCAGGAAUUACUCAUUGCACAUUUUGUGGGGGCGGGGGGCUAAUGUAGACAUGACACCAAGUGCUUUUCAUUUUAAUUCUCUAAGCAGUAAAUGAGAUCUUUCCCUUGGGAGAAAUCAAGCGAUGGAGUUUUCCAUUUCUGCUUAUAUGAAAUAUGACUGAAAAUGAACAAAGCCACCUUUUUAACCAAAUACACUAGAACAUGUGCACUCAAGAGUUAGCAUAACUGGAGUUGUUUUCUUGAUGUUGCAUGUGCCAAGAACACUUAGGGUUCCCCUUUGGGAUUACCUUUGAAGCCAUGCAAGGCAAGAGGCCCUGCAACUUUAUAGUCAGACCUUGUGUUUUAUCCAUCCCCUCCUCCUGCCCACCAAGAUAAUCCUGAGCUUCAUCGCCCAUUUUAUUUAGCAGACUUAUUUUCUAAUGCUCUGUAGCUGUUAAAAAAAAAAAAUCAUUCCUCAAAAAAUCUACCCUUAAAGGACAAAGAUUUACCAACACUGAAGACCCUUACAAGUUGACAGUUUCUAAAGAGGGUUCUAGGAAGAAAUGUUCUGUGUAAGGUCAGCUUCACUGGAAUAAACAUACAUCUUCCCAAGGUGACUACUUCAAAGGCAACACUACCCAUUCGGGUGCAGAAAUUACUGUACUUACUCUGCCAUAAAUGUAAAAUGUGUAUAAAGUUAAGCUAUUGCAUUUUUUCGUAACACAUUUAAAUAGAAAUUGGCUUUUAAAGUAUUGUAGUUAAAACCAGAUCUCACCAAGUAAUAGUUGUACAAUUGACAAAUGUUUGGUGCCAUGUAAUGGAGAUGUCACACUACACAGUUGUAGUUUAAAUGCAGUCCAACAUAAGGUGCAUGCCACUGAACUGUAACCCUAGUAAUGUGUCUUGUACAGUUGAAAAAUAAUACUUCACCUUUAUAUAGGUUAAGAUAUGUACCUUAUCUUUACCACUCAGGGUGGCUUUAAAAGACGGACAGCUUUAGGCUUGUUCUCACUGGAACUGGUUACACUUUCUGUGCAAACUUAACCAAGUGAUGAUCGUCUGGAAGCUGCAUUCCCUCGUUUCCACUGUUUGGUGUGAAUCUAGUCUCCCCACUUUAUCUAAAAGGAGGCUAGAAGGGCCCCAGCCUGAGCAGAGCAGCUAGAGAGUGCUUCCAGAUUCCUUUGCCAAAAGAGGCCCAUUUUCCAGCUGUGAGUGACAUCUGCAGUCAUUGGCUUCAUUGCCUGGCACUCGCCCUGUCUAGAAGUGGAGAAAGCUGGAUCAUAGCUGGACCACAACCAGCCCCAAUCCAGGAUUUCCCAUACCAUGCUGGCUGUGGGCUCUGUGAGCCUCAGCCAGGUGGCCAGGCUAUACUUGUCACAGCUGGCCACAGGCCUGCUAAAGGAACAUGAAGUGCAGAGCCAGAGCCUGGUUCUGGUUCUCCGCUUGAACAGCUGACCUUGUGCAAUCACAGGAACUCUGUGUCUCCAUGUUUCAUUCAGACAGAGAAAAUGCCUCAUUUGUUUACCUCUUUGAGGCUGAAGUGAGACUGGUGCAUGUAAAUUAAUGGUAGUAGAGCACCUCCCACAUCUGAUUUUAUAACAGUUUCCCAUCACUCCUUAAAGAAAAAGGCCAGGCCGGGCAUGGUGGCUCACGCCUGUAAUCUCAGCACUUUGGGAGGCCGAGGCGGGCGGAUCACGAGGUCAGGAGAUCGAGACCAUCCUGGCUCACACAGUGAACAAAAAAUUAGUCGGGCAUGGUGGCGGGCACCUGUAGUCCCAGCUACUUGGGAGGCUGAGGCAGGAGAAUGGCGUGAACCCGGAGGAGGAGUUUGCAGUCAGCGGAGAUCGUGCCACUGCACUCCAGCCUGGGUGACAGAGCAAGACUCCGUCUGAAAAAAAAAAAAAAAAAGCCAUACAUUCUUGGCAUUAGCACACCAAACAGUGGUAGGGACCCCGAGAAAGGAAUGCAGCUUCUCAGAGGCCUCAUUUCCAGCCAGGGAAACUUAAGACCUGAAAGGAGUAAGGCGCUUUGUGUAUUCAAACAGCCUUCUGGAUGUAUCGUAUAUAACCCGAAACUCUCCACUCUUGUAUACCAACUGACGAAGUCUUCCUUAUGUAACAUAGAUUGCAGUGUCUGUAUAUGGUCUUCCCAUUAUCUGGUAGUAGCAUCUUGAAACUGGUCAAAACUUGAAUGCCAAUAGCUCAGUCACUCAGAAUAUACGAUUCUGCACUUGGGAAAAAUGUCUUCAUGCUGUUUUUCUGAUCGGGUAUGGGGUUGCCAGAAUGAGGAUUUGGGGCUUUAGGUCUUUAGGAUCUCAGAAACAAUAUAAGUAGAUCAUAAGCCACUAGUGUCACAAUUGCAGGCCCAUUGCUUCCAGCUAAAAGGAGAUUCCAUGACCCUGGGGGCCAGGAGAGGAGGAAAGGGAAAAGGGAAAGGUCUGGAAUAGUUUUGUGAAAGAAACAAAAAAUUGGGAUCAUUUGGAAUUCUAGUAGGAAGGAGGAAAAAAUGGCCCUUCUGUGGGCUGUUUUAAUGAAAGAAUCAUGAAUAUGUAUUGAUCUGAGGUAGAUGUCUUUGAAGCUGUUCUGCAUAAAGAUAAUGAGAUGCAUGGAUUUCCAUCCACCCUGGAGAAGUGGGGGAGAUGUGCUUCCUCCCUUCUUUAAAUCCUGAGGAAUGCUGGUCUUGAGAACACUGAAUGCAAAUCUGAGGAAGACGUAAGCAGUUGGCUGGGGAGUUUUAGGACCACCCAAAUAAAAGCUGACCCUCCCAGAGGCUAAUGAACUGGAAUAUUGUGUGCAGGCACAGCCUUAGCAGGUCAGCUGAAGGAGUCAGGUCAGAGAAUAAAUCCAACCUUAGUCAAGUCACUACAGUUUAAUAUUUUCCUUUGCAACUGGAGGUAAGCCUAUUUGCCAGUAGUCUGAGUGGAUGUCUUGGGAAGGCCCCUGAAAAUAGCCAUAUUUGUCACUGUCCCUAAAGUGAAUGUUCAUAGAUCUGGGACUAUUUUUGACUCUACCUCUGAGACUCAAGGUCAGUACAGAUUGUUACCUUAAAAUGUUACCUGGAAGAUGAUUCUUCUAAGGGAUACACUGUUUUAAUCUUUUCCUAAAACUAAAUCAUGCCUCCAUUCCAGGUCUACGGCUAGACUGCAGCCCUCCCUCCUCACACCACAGGGCUGAAUGUGAAAACUUUCUUCUUUUAAGCCUUUCCAUUUCCUUCUCCAGGUACAGUUCCUGUGCCAAUAUGCACCAUCUCAAGCCUUGUGCUGGCAUUCCAACCUGGUUUGGUAAUUUUGCUGUGAGGUUCAUGUUCUCUGGGGCUCCAGGGCAACACUAAGAAAGUCGCUUAUGAGCCCCAUUUGAGACCAUGGAAAUAGCAUUUUGGAGACCAGUCUAGUCCCCCAUUUUAUACAUAGGGAAUCUUAGUUCCAGAGGCCAUGGUCACUUGCCAGUCAAUAGCAAGGCUGGACUCAGGCAAUCUGAUUCCUCAUCCACUUUGGCAUACUGCCGGAGGAAGCUCCGUCCCUCCUUGGAAUCUAGCAUGUGCUCCCAUCCUGGGCCUACCCUCCACCUCCUCCCCUUCUGAUGAGCCUCUGUUCUGGAUCAACACGGUGUUGAUGUGCCAGCUGUCAAGGGUUCAGCACUUGGAUGGCUUCUAGGUGAGAGCGCCAAAGACAUGUAUAUUUCCAUGAUGCAAGCUGGCUCAUGGCCUGCACCGUCUUUAGACCAGCCAAGACCAUUUAACUCUACCCCACACUUUCAGGAAGAAAGCCCAUGCCAAGCUAACUGAAAGCUUAUUUGGCUCCAAUUUGGCUGAUGUUCCCUCACUGCGGAAUGUCCUGGAACCCAAGGGUUUGCAGCUCCUAAACCUAUUGCAUUAGGCACACCCAAGAAGAAAUCCUGUUUGAUGCACAUGCUCCAGUUUCAAUCAGCAAAAAGGUCAAAAGUUUCCCCCCACUUUCUGUUCCACAGGGCGUCCUCCUUGCAGCCAGACAUUAGGCACAGAUUCAUCCCUAUUGUAACCCAAAUGUCAGCUGAGGGCUCCCUGCCUCUUGACAUCCAGAGAGGUCUGAUAACUGGGCUCUGUUUCUGAACCUCUAGAUUUCUGUGAUUUCUCAAAGACAUAUUUUUGCAGCCACUGCUGACUCCACACUUCUGCUACCUCAUUUUAAAUAGCGUCUUAUCCCUGCAAUGCAUCAGCUGAGACAUGAAGCUCAGUUCCCUCGCCCAUUUCCACAUAGCAAAAUUCAAGCAAGUGAGUGUGUGUGCCUGCGUGUGUCUCAGUGACGUGGGAAGGAAUGGCAGAUGCUACAACAGUGCAGAGUCGGCACCCCAUUUAUAGAAUGUUCUUUUUAUAUACUAUGGAGGAAUCUCCACUCACCUUCCACUCCACAUGGUCCCUGUCUCUUGUCCUUGGGACAGAGCAGAUCCAUUUGUAUUCUCACAUACAACCGGAUGGAUAGCCAUUCCUUUUCUUAAUUUGAUUCCUGCCAACACCCUUACCGUCAUGACUUCACAUUUUACCAUAGGUGGCUUAUUAAAAGCAUUUUCCUGGACAAAGACCGUACCCUCCUCAAGGGGAAUUCGACCCACCUCUUAAGGUGAUGCAUUUUUUAUUUCCACUACACAAGCCAGGCAUCACAAUGACCAUAUUCAGCACUCGUUGUCAGGGGCACACCCUUUGGAAGGCAGCGUGGGCUAAUGUGAAUGGUACUAGUCUGAGUCUGAUCCAGUUCAAAUCCAGGUAACUUAAAGCUUGUGUGACCCAGGGACGCUUUACUUCAACUUGUUAAACCUUAAUUUUGCCACCUAUAAAUGUGAUAAAUAAACAAACUUGAAUGUGUCGCACUUAACCACA